AUGGUAUUGCGUUGGACCAAAGUGCAUGGCCCGGCCCGAGUUGCGAUGGAGGCACCGGAAUCUUUUGUGAGCCCGCCUUUAGCAGCGCCCAGUGGGCCGCGCAGUGCAUCACGGAGAAGUUUCCGGAGGGCCGAGGGCAUGCCCCAAACGAUCAAACCAGUGUCACAUCGUCAGGGACGUUUUCAACCCUCAGCAAAACUGGCUGCACGAGGUAAAGGUCUGCAAGCCACAGAGAUUUCAGGCUUGCUGCAUGGUGCGCCUAUUGCAGCGCUUGUCAGUACGGAAGAUUUGAUGCAGAAGACGAUUAUAUACCAUAGUCUGCGAGACAUCUGCUCUCUGAAAGCGUCUUCCCGGCAGCUGCGUGAUACCUGUUCGGUUGAUGCAGUCUGGAGAAGUCUUUAUCGCUUGCGAUGGCCGCGUGAACAAGCAGGGGACGAACUGCCAGUUGCAUCAUGGCGCCAGAAGUUUGUCGAGCGGCUUCGUCGCACACGCGAAGGUUUCACGUCUAGGGGACUGCCUGCUCUUAUGCAGAAGUCACGGCGAAGAGAUGGGCUGCCAGACCUUCGCAAGCUGCACGAGUCACUCCGCGUCCACUAUAGCCUGUGCAUUGCAAGGAAGGCCAAUACGGCACGUUUCGAAUUCAGCGACGCCUCUGUCCAGGCGUUCGACUCGGCGGUUUGCUUGAGGUCGUCUUCAACCGGGAGGGAGGAGAUUCUCUUGGCAGCUGCCAUGGACCGAGUAGAUGACUGGGGAGAUGGAUUCGUUAAGGAAGAGCUAAGGCUUGUACGAAGCCCUUGCGGAAGGCUUCUCGUUGCCUUUUGGAGAAGCAGCAGCACGCUCGGCCGUGAGCGAGCAGACAGCUUCGGCAGUGUUGCAGUGUCAGGCUCUCACAGCGUAAUUCAGACACGAGAUCCGGCAAAUUUGCCGGGAGCUGCGCAGGAUGCCGGAAGGGCAAGUUUGUGCGCCGAUCAACGGGUAAGAGAGAGGAAGCUGCACGCACAGGUGUGCCAUUUUGAAGUUCUUGCCCCUCAUGAUUCCGGGCUUCAGCCGGCGUUCUCCUGCACCCGGCAACCGGGCAUUGCAUUUCAGACAGCCGCCUUCAGGCUUUUCUUGGCUGACCAUGUCUUUGUGGAUGCUACGAUCUUUGACGACCACGGGCGCGUGUUCUGGGCUGUGACUUGCUUCUGCACGAUGACAUCUGCUUGCUCUCACGAGUCGACCAUGCUGGAGGAGAGAAAGGCACAGGUGGACUUUGAUCGGGAAGGCAAUGGCAGUGGAGCGUGCCAGCAGGUGAGAUGGAUAUCGCUCGCAGAUCGUGGUGCUGCGCAUCUGGUGCUGCAGCUGGAAGGGGCAGCUCAAGCGCGUGAAGCAGAUGAAGGCGGCGGAGUUGCUCAGCCGCUUCCACGCCUGAACAGUAUUACUUGGCAUCCAGAAUUGGCCUUUUUGGAUGAUUGGUGGGGGUCGUGCUACGCGGCCAUGCGCUCGCCUGACACUGGCUGA